CCCUAACCAAAGCAAAGAAAUCAAAGCAGUAGAACAAUGGACUCAAUAGAGCACAAAGAUGUGAAUGUGAACGGCAUUAGCAUGCACGUAGCACAGACCGGUCCGACGAACGGACCGGUGAUUCUCUUCAUCCAUGGAUUCCCUGAGCUAUGGUACACCUGGCGCCACCAAAUGGUAGCCUUGGCUUCGCAAGGAUACCGAGCGGUGGCGCCGGACAUGAGAGGCUACGGCGACACGGAUGCGCCAGAAGAUCCUCGUAGCUACACAUGCUUACACACUGUUGGCGAUCUGAUUGCUCUCAUGGACAUUGUGGCACCAAAUCAAGACAAGGUGUUCGUUGUGGGACAUGAUUGGGGUGCAAUUAUAGCUUGGAAUCUUUGCUUGUUCAGACCAGACAGAGUUAAGGCUUUGGUUAAUAUGAGUGUUUCGUUCUCGCCGAGAAAUCCUCUGAGAAAAAUCAUUCCGACGCUUCGAGCUGUGUACGGAGAUGAUUACUACAUGUGCAGAUUCCAGGAGGUUGGAGAUAUAGAAGGUGAGUUUGCAGAGCUUGGUACUGAAAGAGUCCUGAAAGAAUUCCUGAGUUACCGGAAUCCAGGUCCGCUUUUCUUACCUAAAGGAAAAGCCUUUAGCCGCCCCGACGGAACUUCACCGGUCCUGCCCUCUUGGUUUUCUGAAGAAGAUAUUCAUUACUACACCACCAAAUUUGACAAAACCGGCUUCACCGGAGGAUUAAACUACUACAGGAAUUUAGACAGAAACUGGGAACUCACAGCACCGUGGACUAAAGCUCAGGUGAACGUGCCGGUGAAGUUCGUCGUCGGCGAUCAGGACCUAAUUUACAACUCUCUUGGUAAUAAGGAUUAUAUACAAAAUGGCGGGUUCAAGAAAGAUGUUCCAUCACUGGAGGAAGUUGUUGUAAUGGAAGGAGUUGCUCAUUUCCUGCAUCAUGAAAAACCUGAUGAGAUUAAUAAACAUAUUUUUGAUUUCUUUCAGAAGUUCUGAUUCACUCUUGUCUCAGAAAAGUUGUGUUUGUCUUCUUUGCUACGAGGAUAUUAAAAAUAAAUCUUGGCAUGUAUCUUUUUAAAAAGGAAAGUUUGUAUUAAUAAUGUUCAAUUUUUUUAAAAUUUUA